CUGAGUGUGUGUUUAGUUGUGUUGUGUUCAUAAACACAGGCUCUGCUUUUGAUACUUUAAUUCCUUUUCAUAUUUUCUAUACGAGCACAGUUUUUUAUUCAUCCAUGUUAGAUUGCCUCUAUCCCUCCGGUCUUGCUCUAUGCUCUCACGAAGUGUUGAAUGUUUCCAUCGGAGAAAUUAUUUCAAGAACAUUUUUAAGGAGUUUAUACGAUCCCGAACCGUCGACGAUAAAAUACUCGAACGAAGCUCUCACUGACUGCAGUCACUGCACUGCACUGGCCUUUGCACAUGUGGUCGGGUGUCGGUUUGUCAGUGCAGACAUUCCUGAGUGAAGGACUACAGAAAUGGAAGCGGUCGUCUUUUUAGGGGUGCUGUUAUUUGCUCUUUUGAUUCAACAAUCACGGGCAGGCAAAGAGGGACAGGAUGCUACAGUCAGAUUGAUAGGCGGAGCGACCCGCUGCAGUGGCCAGGUCCAGAUCAACAUCCAGGACACAUGGUUCUCGGUAUGCCGCACCAACUGGGACAAGCCGGAGGGUCAGGUCAUAUGCCGUCAGCUUGGCUGCGGCUACCUGGUUUCGCCAUACGCAAACUACAAAGACAAAGCGCCCUCACACCCUGUUUGGAAUGACAUGGUGUCAUGCGUAGGAGACGAGGCAUCGUUGUUGAAUUGUAGUCGCCAAGGGAACGGUACACACGACCUUUGUCCUGAAACCUACAGGGCGGCAGUUGCAUGUCAUCAAGAGGGUGGACCUAACCCCCCAGUUCUACCAGACCCAAUGUCUAUCCGUCUGGUCAACGGGACAACAGCUUACUCUGGCCGGGUAGAAAUCUACUACAAUGGUGAGUGGGGAACAGUUUGUGGUCAGAACAGCUGGUCACACACAGAUGGUCAAGUCGUCUGUCGCCAGCUCGGCUUUUCCGAUGUUGUUGGGGUUAGGGACCACUAUGACCCAUUCGGAGUAGGCAACGGAACUAUUAUGCUGUCGUAUGUUGACUGCGAUGGCAGCGAGGAUUUUCUCGGUAACUGCAGUCACCAAGGCUGGUACAAACACAACUGUGACCAUUAUUACGAUGCCGGGGUCAUCUGUAAAGUGAUGCAGUCAGAGGCAUCCAUGGUGCGAUUAAUGGAUGGCACAUCACUGUACAAUGGUCGGCUUGAAGUCUACUACAACGGUGAAUGGGGAACAGUGUGCGACGACGGGUGGAACCUGAACGACGCCCAGGUUGUCUGUCGUCAGCUCGGUCUCGGCCCGGCUGUCUCCACCGGAGGCCACUACGGCAGGGGUACGGGGCCCAUUCUGCUGUCUGAUGUGGCCUGCGAGGGGACAGAGACGUCGAUAUCGGAUUGUGAUCAACCGGGUUGGUACCCACAGACGAGCUGUCAUCAUAGAGAGGAUGCGGGAGUGAUAUGUGGAGUUCCUGAAGAUCCUACAGUGACAGUGAGACUUGUGCAGGGUGGGCAGGAAUCACUUGGUAUGGGUAUGGUGGAGGCUUAUCACAACGGAGAAUGGGGAGCAGUUUGCGGCAAGACCUUUUCCAUACUCGAGGCGGAUGUGGUUUGUGGCCAGCUGGGAUUCAGGAAAGCCCUUGAGGUUAAAGAACCAGGUUCCUAUGGUGAUGGUGAUUUAAUAAUCCUAAGCGGUGUCCAAUGCACAGAGGAUGUAAAACAGUUGGAGGACUGCCAGCUGACCGAGUGGUACCCAGCACACAGUGUAUGCACAUCACAUGACACUGCAGGCCUCAGAUGCGACGUGGAGUCUAAACCAAUAAGAGUUGUGUCAGUAGACGUCCGACUAACGGGCAGCCCCAGCGACAAAGAGGGCCAGGUGGAGGUGUACCAUGACGGACUGUGGGGAACCAUCUGCGUGACUGGGUUUGACAUGCAUGCCGCCAACGUCGUCUGCAAGCAGCUAGGUUUCUACGCAGCUAGGUACAUACCCUCAGAUGGACGGUUCAGCGAUGGGAGGAAACCGAUUCUGUUGGACAAACUCCCGUGUCGCACCGGUACGGAGGAGAGCGUCGCUAACUGUGUCCCUCUAGAGUGGUAUCGACACGACUGGCAUAACUGUAAACCAGAGGAGACGGCAGCUGUUGUCUGCUAUGGGUCAAUGAUUGAUAGUGAGCUGGACAUAGUCAUCCGGCUCAACAAUGGCUCAAAGGUUUCCAACGGUAGAGUGGAGGUGUACCACCACAGCAUUUGGGGGUCAGUCUGCGGGGCGGGGCUUACCCAAAAUGAGGCCCAGGUGGCUUGCCGUCAGCUUGGGUACAAAGAAGGAAAAGUCGUCCAAGAGACUGGGUACUACGGGAGUGGCACCGGUGACAUCAGCAUGUGGGCCUUUUCCUGUGUCGGAACAGAGUUGCUGGUGCAGGACUGUGCCACCAUUGAGUGGUAUGAUGCCAGUAAGCAUGUCUGUGAUGAGAAGAAGACUGCCAGGAUAGUUUGCUCAAAAGGAGAUUCUGAGGCUACAUCUAGUACAUCAAAAAAGUCCCAGUUAGCCAUUAUGCUGGCAUUCCUCUUGGCCAUUAUGGCCCUCGUACUCUCCGCCGUCGCUGGCUACUGCCUCUUUGUGAGGCGAUCACGACGCACUGAAGCUGCGACCCAGAUGAGGUACGCCGUUCUUGACAGACAGGAUAACUCCUCUGCCUAUUGAUGAGGCACUCCCUUGUAAAUAGAUUUUGUUGCAAACUUGCCGUCUGAAAUUGCCUCGCUUUUGUAGAACACAGUAAAGACAAAUCACAAUGCCUGGCUUUGAAGGGUUUUUUUCCCCUUUGAAGCGAGUUUGAAACGGCUGUGUCUAGGUGGGAUGCGGUAUGAGGAGUGGACUGGCGUCUUAAGGCAGCAGUGUGAGAAGUUCAUAUUUAGCCUCAAUGAGGCUUCUUCUUUUAGCCUCAUUAGCCUCUUUAAGUCAGUGUGCCUCAGCAAUGAGAUGUGAAAAGUGGGAAUGGUGAGAGGUAGCACUGUGCCAACCUCACAUUGUUACAUUAACAUCAUUUAGGAAGUUUUGUCAUAAAGUCAGUGUGCCUCACCAAUGAAGUAAGCCUCCAUGGUGAGGGGUAGCACUGUGCCAACCUCACAUUGUUGCAUUAACCUCAUUGAGGAAGUUUUGUCAUAGAGUCAGUGUGCCUCACCAAUGAAGUAAGCCUCCAUGGUGAGGGGUAGCACUGUGCCAACCUCACAUUGUUGCAUUAACCUCAUUGAGGAAGUUUUGUCAUAAAGUCAGUGUGCCUCACCAAUGAAGUAAGCCUCGGAGACCAUUCGUUCCUUCUCCUUAUACAUAGAUGCCUACUAUAAGACAGAUUACAAAAGGUACACCUCUAUAUGAGGUUUGGGUUUACUGCUUUUAUCACUUGAGAGGUAGUUUGCUUUAUAAGCUGGUGCACCUCUUGAAGUGAUUUCCAGAAAAGCGAAGGAGAUUAUAAAAAAAAAUUGCCCUCAAAGAGGCUAGGAGGGCCAGGGACAUUGUGAGGUAGGUAUAUCAAUUAGACCUUCUACAGACUGUAUUGAAUAUGACGUCACCGUUCAGCUAUUCGUUCGUGUGUGUGCGUGUGUGCGUGGGCAUGUCUACUAUUGAUAUUGAAAAAUAAACUAUUAUGUCCAAACAAUGGGAGAACAUAGAGAGGUCCUCGGUCUGCACCAUAAACAUGCCUGUGUGUGUGCAUACAUGUGCCGUAGAAAUCAAACAGGGAAUGUUGCGUGCUGCGUGCUCCGAUGAUUUAGGCGUUUGGACGCGCAUACAGUUUGCCCUACAUGGUGGCGACUUUUCAUAGCAAAAAAAGGGGUUAUUCAAUACGGUCUAUAGAGACUUUAUAUGAAGAGUGACUCAAUCGGAAUAAAGACCACACGACGGAGGAAGAUCAACCCCACGGUGGCUCAUUUAUGAGGUAUACUUCUGCAGAUUGUAGUGAAUCUUGAAGACAGUGGGACACUCUUGGUAAUGUUGUCAAAGACCAGUCUUCUCACUUGUUGUAUCUCAACAUAUGCAAAAAAUAACAAACU